AUGGCCAGGCCCGGGGACCCCUCUGUCCGUCCCCUGGACACCUGUGCCGUGGCCUUCUCCGUCGACAACAUGGACCAUGAGCUUGACCGCCUCUCCAUGCAUGGCAUCGUGGCCGAACUGGGGGGGAACCAGCCGGUAGUGGAGCCUGAGGUCAUCAAGAGGGCCAUCUGCCACCAGUUUCUGGUUCGUCCAGAGGAUGUCACCGUCGUCAGGCACGCACCCGAAGACUUCUUCAUCGACUUCAAGCACCGCCACCACCGCGACGAGGCUGUGGCGCGGGGGACCUUCCCCUAUCGCAACCUCGACAUCCACACAAGGCCGUGGCAGUUGGUGACGCACGGCGACAUCUGUGACCUCAAGUACCGCGUUCGCCUAUGCCUGGAGGGCAUCUCCCUCCAUGCCUGGAAUGAGAGCAUCGACAAGAGGGCAGUCACUAGAGCUUGCGACCUCGACUACAUCGAGAAGUCUUCGCUAGACCGUGCCGACACCAGGGCACUCUGUGUCUGGGCCUGGACGCACAACCCGUCCGACAUUCCAAAGGUAACCUGGCUGACAUUGUCGUGCAGGAAGACAGAGGCCCACAGCUCGCAGACUGCUCGCGGCCGCCGGGGACUCACCUUUAGGGUGCUGGUGCACCUUGACCUGGUGGAGGACCCUCCUGACAGAGACGAACAUGCUGCUGCUCCCCGGGUGUACACAUGGGACUACGGAGUCGUUGAUGGAGAAAGGACGCCGCGCGACCACCACGACCCUCCGCCGGCUGACAUCCACGGCAGCCAUCGCGACGACGACAACGACCGUCGUGGACGCCGUGAACGCCAGGGUGCCAACUGGCACUCGCGGCUCACCCGCAGCCUUUCGCGGGCGCCCAAGUACCGCGAGUGGGAGCGCUCGGAGUCCAGGCACGGAGGCCGUCGACAUCGGAGCCUGGAACUUGGAGGUCGUCGAUGCCCACUGCACGACAUCGCUGCUGGCCAUGGUGCCCGCCAAUCUGCCCCAGGCGACGCUUGGAUGUCCACCGCAGAACCAGGGGUCAGAGCAGGGAACGGAUGCCCCACCGGAGGUCGCACAGGCACGCGCGCUCAGAGCCGAGGACCACGACGGCGCUCUCAAAAUCCCCGUCGCUACGCCUGCGCUGCAAGUCACCUGACUUCAGCGGUGGCAACGGCAACAACCACCACCCAUCACCAAGUCCUCCCAAGGUUCCCUGUCGGCGACCAUGACAUCAUGGCACAGCAGCGAUCAAGCCUCGCGGAUGAUUGUCGCUUCCGCACGGGCCGGGUCUACUCCAGGCGACCAUGUGCUCCCCGCACGCACCGCAACCACGCACAACCGGCCGAAAAGCCCAGGUGGUGCGUUUUCACCCUGGCAUCGUCUACUCCAGACGCUGUGCCCGCGGUAUGGCCAGCAGCUGCUCUCGCCGUCCAUGUAUGGCAAAUGGCCUCCAGCACCAACUGCCGGAACACACUAGCACCGCCCUGGAGCCUGUUCAAGGGACCGCUCACCGACGACACCGUGAAGGUGCUGACGGCAUUGUGUGGCCUCGACGCUGCGGCAGCGCUGCCCACUACGCACGCCUAG